AUGUCUGAGUUCCGUGGGAGCAAAAAGGCACAGAAGGCGACACUGCCGCAGAAAAUUGGGCCACCCGUUAAUCCAAAGCCAGCUGCUCAGCCUUCUCGUGUAGUUCUGCGGGGGACCAGUGUGACGCUUGUUCCCUUAAGCCCAGAUCAUGCGGCAGACCUUUUCGAGGCCGUCGGUGGCGAAGAAAAGCGUGCACUCUGGACGUAUAUGGGAGAUGGUCCAUAUCUGUCUAGGUCAGAAUUCGAAGACGCUAUCGUCACCAAAUCGAAGUCGGAGGACCCGUUGUUCUUUGCCAUCAUCAGCACCGAGACACAAAAGCCCAUUGGCUACUCCACUCUGAUGCGUAUAGAUGCAAAGUCUCGCUCUGUCGAGGUGGGAAAUAUUAUGUUCUCACCGCUGCUGCAGCGCACCAAAUCAGCCACCGAAGCUAUGUAUCUAUUGGCAUAUUAUGCCUUCGUCGACCUAGGCUAUCGCAGAUAUGAAUGGAAGUGCGACAAUCUAAACGGCCCUUCUAAGCGUGCCGCAUUACGGUUUGGAUUCACAUUUGAAGGGAUAUUCAGACAGCACAUGAUAUACAAAGGUCGCAAUCGUGAUACUGCAUGGUUUUCUGUCAUUGAUACAGAGUGGCCUGUGGUGCAGCGCGCCUUUGAGGCUUGGUUACACGACACGAAUUUCGAUGAACAAGGGCGACAAAAAUGUAAACUGGAAGAUCUGAGAGACGCGCUGCAGAACCAAAGAGGGCCAGUCAUCCUAAAGACAGAAUGA